UCAGAGCUCCUAAACAACCUGUGCAAAGAUGUGUCUUUGCGAUUCGCCGACGGCAGUGUUGAUAUUGGGACUUGGCUGCCUCUUCACAAAUGUAUGCAUGUCUACGUAUGACUACUCUUUCGUGGAACUGAAUGUAAAAGUAUUCGGUUUCUCUGUGGCCAUACUACUUCUUGUCCUAUACUACGUUGUUGCGUGCUUGAUGUCGCUUGGUCUGAUAAUUGCAGCCAUGUUGUCAAGCCGUGGCCUCAUGGAGAAAGUUGUACUCGGAAUCAAAAUAAAAGUAGUCUUGUAUGUUAUAGUAGAGUCAUUACGCAUUUAUAACCUAUCAACCUGGGAUAUUCCCACCUCCAAAGAAAAACAAAAAGGAACUUCAUUGCGGAAUGCCCGUAUGCACAAAGACUCGUGGAGCCUGGGCCCCCGCACUAUACUACAAGAAAGCUUGAACUUCUUUCCGGGACCCAAUUUGCUGGAGGGCCCGAUGUUGCUGGCGAAAGGAACGACCAAAGCCGGGAAACCUCGGACCACGGAAAAUCCGGACGAGAAGCAAUACAGAAAAAUGGAAUCGGAAGCCGAAAAAGAAUAUGCUGAGAAGAAGGGCAGAAAACUGAUUGAAGCCAUAUUAUCUCUCUUCGCAUGGACUCUUGUUGAUGUCUUCGUGAUAUUCAGACUGGGAAUAUUCAUCGCCACUUUGGAACCGCCGCAGAAGUAACAAGCCUUGCUCAGGAGGCACAUGCCCGCAGCGCUUUUCCAUCGCCUGCCAUCACCAAAAGCCAUGAAUUAGCAUAUUACUAAAAAAAAUUAAAGACCGUGCGGUGUCAUUAAUAUGCA